GGGGUUGCAUCACCGGUACUCAUACCCCCCUUCGGAUUCUCGAAGAAAGGUAUCAUCAAAUUCAUCAUCCGUUAAACCAAGUCUUCACUUCCAUUAGAAUCUUGAGCUUUUUUCAUUGAGUACUUAAACGAGUUCUUUUGUCAAGAAAAUCAAAAUACCCUCUUGAAAUUAACCCACAAAGUUUCCCUCUUUAUGAAGCUUUGAAUGCUUUCUUGCUUUCUCUAAUGAUUUUGGAGACCCUUUGAGUUGGAAAUUUGAUUUUGGGGUUAGAUGGGCAAGUGGGAUCAUCGACCCCGCAAAAGAUUUUAUGGUCGAGAAAGAGCUUAUAAGUCGCCGCCUCCGUCAUAUCACGAACCAGAACGUUCUCUUUCAGAGUAUUGCAAUGAUGGUGUUCCUUUAUGGGAAAAGAAAUUCUGCACUUUAGUUGGAUUAGUAUCAUGGAGGAAAAUUCUGGAUGUCCAGAGAUCAAUAAAGUGGAAUUUUACCAGCAAUGUACUUCAAUGGGAGGACUCAGCAGGGAAAGAAGCUUUUGAAAAUGCAAAAAAGAGAUACUGGUUGAAGAUCAAUGGCCUCCCCUGUGAUAUCUCUCUCCCUGACCCGAAUAUUUAUAUUGAUGAAAUUGAUUGGAAUCCUGACAUUAAUCCUGAAUUGAUUAAAGACUUAGAACGAGAGUUAGCAGCAUCUAUUCCACCAGAUGGGUGUAAUGAUGAUCCAUGUAAGGUUGAUAACCCCUGGGAGUGUGGCAACAAUAUUCAACGUGGUGAAUCUUUGAAGGAUAAUCAGGCCUGGGGACAUUGGAAUAGUAGAAUUGAGGACUCCAAGAAUUUGAAUGGCAAUGAUGAUCCCUGGAAGUGUAACUCUAACCAGCAAAAUGAAGCAAGCCAGCAAGAUUUGUGGGGAAAUUGUGGUGAUAAAUCACAGGAUUUCAGCCGGUGGGGAAAACAUAAAACUUUGUCAAGAGAUUGUGUUGCUAAUGAUAAUCCUUGGGAGCAUAGCUGUUCAGGCAUUGGUUCUAUAGGGGACAAAGGAUGGGGUCAUUUAAACUGUAAUUCUUGGAACCAGAACCAGAACCAGAACCAGAAAGACUCAAAGAAAUUGGACAAUGGGGAUAAUCCCUGGGGAUGUAGCAUUGUUCAGGAUAAUGGAGCUCGUGGCAAUCAACAAUGGGUGAAUUACAGGAGAAAUUCAAGAGGUUGGAAACAGCAGGACAGUUAUAAUAAUAUUAGAAGAGAGUUAGGUGUAAGAAAAAGCAAUGGUGAUUGGGAAGCCCGGACUGUUGGUAGUCGAAAGAGGGAAGGUUCUGAUCGAUAUAUGAAUGAUUACAAAAGCUCCAGGUUUCAAAGGGAUGAUAGCCAGACAGAUCGCUUUUGGAGAAGUAGCAAAGCUAACAAGAGGGUUAGUUUUGCUCGCAACUAGAUAAAGACGUGUCACACCACGAAUAUCAGAGAUUCUUAUCCAGAACAAAGAGGGUCAGGUGUUUUGCCUAGCUGGUUUUUUAUAGGCACCAAACUGAAGCUGCUGAUACCUUUUGUUUUAUUGUUCCUUAGCCUGCAUAGAAGGCUGGUAUUCUGUUUCUUUUGUGCAUUCAUUCCAACAGAUACAGAAAUAAGAGCGGACUGUUCCCUUCAUCGUACCUGAUCAUAAGAUCUAUACAACACUGUUAACUUAUGAUUAUUUUGCUAUCAUAAUUUUUAUUAAUAUUGGGAGGUUUUAAAGCCUAGGUGAAAAGGGUUUUCCCAAGAAUGGUUUUUAGCCCUUUGGCUGUUUGUAGGUAUGUUCUAAUUGGGGGAAAGGUAGUUCAUCUUCAUUUUUGUAUUUACUGCAUUGUUUUCAUCUCCGCCGGCUAUGGUUACUUAGAUUGCUUUGUAAUUUGUAUGCUUUCUGUGUUGUUCCCUUUUUUUCUUUUUUUGAAGAAAAAAAUUCAGGAAAU